AUGGCUCUCGACGAUAUUUCAGCAGUGCCCAAAGGUGCACUGGAUACCGAUCCUGCUGUGGAGAGACCACCUCCACUGCUUGAUGCUGACCGUUCAGACUCGGAGAGGCUUCAGCCCGGUGUGAAAAGAGCUGAGAUGCUGCGCAAGGGAUGGACGAGACAGGGUUUGAUUAUAGCUUUUACUGGUCUCUUUCUCGCAACGCUAUCAAUCAACUUCGGCGACUAUUCAACCCAAGUGUACGUACCGUACGCGACAUCUGCGUUCAAGCAACACUCGGCCAUGUCCGCUGCGCGGGUUGUAGGGAACAUCACUCGGAUCGCGGCGUACCCUAUCAUUGCGAAAUUGGGAGAUGCAAGUCUGCGAUCCCCACUUAGGCGUACCGGAGCUGACUCGUUUUGUUUUUUUGUAAAGGUGUUUGGUCGAGCGGAGAUGUUCAUCCUCUCGAUUGUGUUCCAGGCUGUUGGGUAUGCGAUCUAUGCGGGGUGUAAGAACGUGGGACAGUAUAUCGCUGGCGGAAUCUUCGAGGCAAUCGGCUCAACUGGCUUCGGCUUAACCCAACAAGUCUUCGUAGCUGAUGUCACGAACCUCAUCAACCGCGCCGUAUGGUCUACUCUUCCGGACUCUCUAACCGUUAUUCCAGCCCUGUACCUCGGGACCGAGAUUGCAGAAGCUGUGCUCGAGAAGAACGAAUGGCGCUGGGGGUUCGGGAUGUGGGCUAUCAUAGAGCCCGUGUGUUCCGUCCUUCUGGUCGGGACUAUGCUCUACUAUCAAAAGCGUGCGCGGAAGGACCCAUCCCCGGCAGAGUUCGCAUCGGAGCCGACGGAGAGAAAUGUGGAUGAUGGCUGGUGGAAGCGGAUUUAUAACCUCGUUUGGGUGCAAUUGGACGCGUUUGGCGCAAUCCUCCUUCUGUUGGGUCUGUCGCUCUUCCUGGUUCCGCUGUCGCUAACAGGCUCGGGGAACAGCGAUGACUGGCAUAGGGGCUCGUUCAUCGCGAUGCUUGUCCUGGGCGUCGUGAUUUUUGUAGCGUUCCUUGCUUGGGACACGUGGUGUGCGAAGAAACCGUUUAUCCCGUAUAGGAUGAUCAAGAACCGUACUGUUGCUGCAGCUUGUUUACUGGGAAUCCUCGACUUCUUUCAUUAUUCGGUCUUUUCUGUUUUCUUUACGAGCUAUCUUCAGGUCGCGGCGCAUCAUGGGGCCGGACCGGCAACGAGGAUUGACAACUCCCUCCGAGUCGCCUUCCAAGUUGCCGGGAUAUUUGCAGCGUAUUUCAUGAAAUUUACCAAACGGUCGCAGGUUUGGGUGUUCACCGGCGUACCCCUCUGUGUCCUAGGCAUGGGCGUCCUGCUCUACCUGGUCGACAUGGGCGAGGGCCGCGUAGGCAACGAAGCGGCAUUUGUAACAGCGAAAUCCCUCAUUGGUAUCGGACGAGGCUUCUACCAGACGGCUUCGCAGGUUUCGGUCCAAGCGAAGGUAUCGCGGGGCGAGGUCUCAGUCGUUACCGCUGUUUUCUUUGCUGCUAUGAGUAUCGGCGGGGCUAUCGGGACUAGUGUUGCUGGCGCAAUCUGGCGCAGUACCCUACCCCCAAAGCUAGCUCAGCAUCUCCCCGCUGAACUUAAGGACCAAGCGCAGGCCAUCUUCGGUAGCAUCGUUGUCGCGCAGAAAUACGAGGUUGGAACGCCAGCACGAGACGCAAUCGAUAUGUGCUAUCGACAAUCGCAGCGGAUGUUGGCUAUUGCAGCGUUGGCAGCGUUGGCGCCCAUGCUGAUUAUUAUGUUCUUCCUAGAGAACGUACCUUUGACUGAUGAAACUACGUUGAUCGAGCUGCAUGGGAAUAGAGAGGCUGUUAAGAAGAACCAUAGUGGAGGGGAAGGAAAGGAGGCGAGGUCAUGA